AUGAAACGCAGCACCUCCUGGACGGCUUCUCCGAGACGGCUUCAGACGUUCUGGGGCGCCACGAAGCGCUGUGCAGACGAUGGGGAGUUCGAGAACCUACUAAUCCUUGUGUCUACAGCCCAUUACCUGCAACUUGUCGACCAACAGCGAAAAGUAACCAGUCAGCCUAAAUUCAUCUUCAUCAACCCACCAUUCCGCUUUAUCGUCGAGGGCACGCCGUUCAACGUGCACAGCGAGCUCGUGACGCAAUGCUCGUUGCCGCUGAAAGCGAUGAUCGAGGGCGGCAUGAGAGAAUCGCAGCAGGGCUUCGUCGUCCUCCAAGACGUCGACAAGGCCACCUUCACCCGCUUCGUGGAGUGGCUCUACAGAGGCGACUACAACCCAGCGCUGCCAACCCGGCCUGCUCCCGAUGUAGCCGAAUCGGAGCAACAUGGCGACGAGAACGAGCCCAGCAUCAAGCCUAACGCAGCCUCGUCAGAAGAUGUUAUUGGCGUACUCGACCAGAGCCAAACCUCCCAAGAUGAUGCGACGAAUACUAUAACGGCACCAGCAGACGUCUGCAAACAUGGCAAGGUCUUGGGAGAAUGCGAAUGGGCCUGCUACAAGAGCGAAUACCAAUGGUACGAAAGCGACGAGUCCAAGUCGUACUCCAACCGCCAGGCGAAGCAGCGGAAGCGCGAGAAGCGAGCAAACAUCAUCACCACCGGCCCAUUUAAGGCCAGUUCAGAAUUCAUCAAACACCCGAACGACGAGCAGCUGGAGUACCUUCCCGCCGUCAUGAGCCACGCCAACCUCUACAUCUUCGCCGAACGCUUCGACAUCCCGGACCUCAUGCACAAAACCGCCACCGCCCUCAACGGCGCCCUGAGCUGGCGCAUCCUCGUCGCCCCCGAGCUCGUCACGCUGAUCUGA